GCGACGCCAGUCCUCGACAGACGCGCGCGCAACUCAGACGUGUCUUCCCGACGUGUCUGCCCGUCUCGUCCUGCCUGGCUUGUGUGUAGUGCUUAGGAUAGCCGGAAGGGCCCCUCACCUCACGAACAACACAAGGAUACCAUGAGGUGGCUGGUUCUCGUCGCGUUGGGCUGCCUGCUCGGCCUGGCCGUCGCAUCUCCCAUCGCCAACCGCGAGCAGGAGGUGGACAAGGCCGACAAGGCCGCCCCCCAGGCCGUGGCCGUCGCCCCCGCCGUCGCCACCGGCCGCCAGUCAUCUUCCGACAACCAGGUGUCCUCGUCCGACGACGACGAUGACGAUGACGACGACGAUGAGGAUCUGGACCUCGACAUAGAGGACGACGACGACGAUGAUGAUGACGACGACGAUGACGACGAUGACGACGACGCGACGCCCACGGGCCAGAACGCCCCUGCUAGCGGCAGCCAGCCCGCCCAGGUCGCAUCAUCCAGCGACGAUGACGACGACGACGACGAUGAGGGAGACUACUUCGAGAGGUUCUUCGAUGACUUCCUUGGAGACGACGAUGACGACGAUGACGACGACGAACCCUCCAAGCCGGCGGCUCAGCCCUCCGCCGGCCCCGCCCCCCAGGGCCAGGCCGCCUCCGAGGUUUCCGAGGACUCGCUAGGUGAAUACUCGGCCAACGGCGAGCAGGACGGCGAGCAGACCGCCGACGACGCCGAGGGUCAGGGCCAGUCGGCCAGCGAGGUGUCAUCCGAGGGCCAGGUCCAAGCGCAGGCCUCCGAGACGGCCCAGGACGUGCAGGCCGCCCCCCAGGCCACCCAGGACUCUCAGGACGCCUCCUCAAAUGACGACGACGAUGACGACGACGACGACGAGGAAGAUGUCGGCGUUGACGAUCUCGUAGAUGAUGAGGAGGACGACGAUGACGAUGAUGAUGACGAUGACGACGACGACGAUGUUGAGACGGACUUGGACGACGUGGUGGACGAUGAGGCGAUUGAAGCGAAAAGAUCACGCGCGCUCCAGAACGGCCCGUCCACCGCGUACAUCACAAAGUACAACCGCUUCGUGGACACCAUCCUGGAGAGGGUCAACAAGAUCCUGCGUCGCUCCUACGACCCCGUCAACGUCCGCCUCACGCCUGGGGAGAAGGCCGCCGUCAAGUCCGCCGACAAGGAGAAGAAGAAAAAGAAGAAGAAGAAGGACAAGAACAACCAGCGCGACGGCGACAUGAUGUCCAAGACUGACGACGCGGAGAUCGCUGCCACCACCAUCGAGGACAUCAUCGCCACCACGGUCGCCAGCGUCGCCCCCGCGCCCGCCAGCAACGCGACCGGCCGCGCGCACCACGCCAGCCCGCGCGCCAAGAACACCAAGAACAAGACCAAGAACAAGAAGAAGACGGGCACCAAGACGCAGCACCCCCGCGCCAAGGCCACGCUGUACGGCCUGUCCUCCAUCAAGCGGUCCGGCGACGUCACCGUCAACAUGAUGAACACGCACACCACGGUGCGCACCAACUUCCUGCUCGGGCCGCUGGUCCUCAAGGUCGAGAAGGAGUUCGGCCGCGGCGCCAAGAAGGAGCUGCGCAGCGCGACCGCCACCACGGCCGAGAUGACGGGCAGGCUCAACCUGAGGGUGAUGCACGGCGGCGCGGCGACACUGCACUCCAUCAGGGUCAUGCAGCCCAAGCAGGUUCGCAUGCAAACCAUGAGCCUUGGGGCGGGGGCGGGGAACAGCACGAAGGUCCGCGUCGAGAGCGCCGACGACCACGACAGGACGCGCGAGUUCGUGUGGUCCCGCAGCAGCCACAUCGCCCACCUGGUGUCGCAGAAGCUCACGUCGGCCACCAGGUCCAUGCUGCAGCCGCCCCCCACCGUGGGCGCCCUGUAGGCCCUGCCGGCCCGCAGCGGGACCGUCGCAAGAUCUCAUUUAGCAGUGGGUCCGUUCGCAGGACGGCCCACUAGACUGAUAGCCAUCGUGGGGAGGAAGAGGAGCACGGCGGCGGGCGCGGCGCGCGGCGCCCAAAUCCGGGCCGCCUGCCGGGUAAUGCCCGGUUGUCACCGAGAUCACGGGGCUGCCUGCAGAACCGCCCACGCCGCCACGCCGCCGGGUAGCUUCCGGCUUCCGCGCACAGAUAGCGAUCAAAGGCACCUCUGGGCCGGUUGCCGGUUUAGGGCGGCCAUUCUUCGCCCUGGCCUCCGUGGCCUCCGCCGUGCGUGCGUGCGGCGCGGACCACGGGUGCGUGGGCGGCGGCAGCUCGAGCUGGCACAACGAGACGGGGAGACAACGCAGACCACCGACAUUGGACAAAAUAAUUUAUAGGCCAACAAGAAAAAAAUUAUUUAUUCUAUUUAUUUGUAUUUAUAAUAAUUUAUUUUAAAUAA